CUCUCGACCACCACUCCGUAACUCUCUGCCACCCGGACACUCCAUACAUUAUCAAAAAAAUGGCCCAGGUUAUUGUCGUCGGUGGAGGUCUCGCCGGUCUCUCUGCUGCUCACACUCUCCUCGAGCGCGGAGCCAACGUCUUGCUCCUGGACAAGCAGCCGUUUAUGGGCGGUAACUCAACCAAAGCGACCUCCGGUAUCAACGGCGCAGGCACCCAGCCUCAGCAGGAGCUCGGGAUCCCGGAUAACGCUAAGAUCUUCUUCGAGGACACCAAGCGUUCGGCUCGUGAACUUGCUCGCGACGACUUGAUUCGUGUGCUAACUGGACGCUCUGGCGACGCCGUCAACUGGCUUCAGUCAAAGUUCGGCCUCGACCUGUCGAAGGUCGCUCGUCUUGGCGGUCACUCACAGCCGCGGACACAUCGUGGCGGCGCCCAGUUCCCUGGGAUGGUCAUUACCUACGCGCAGAUGGAGCGUCUCGAGGACCUCGCGACCGAGAUCCCUGACCGCGUCACGAUCAAGAAGAAGGCUCGCGUCACGAAGCUUAUCAAGGAUGAGUCGGGCGUCAUCGGAGUAGAGUACACCCACAGCGGCAAGACCGAGACUGCGUACGGGCCCGUCAUCCUCGCGACGGGCGGUUACGCUGCCGACUUCACUGAGGACUCGCUUUUGAAGAAGUACCGCCCUGAAUACUUUGAUCUCCCGACGACGAACGGCGAUCACUGCACGGGUGAUGGCCAGAAGCUUGCCCUCCAGGCUGGCGCGUCUGCUAUCGAUCUCGAGAAGGUUCAGGUGCACCCUACCGGUCUCGUCGACCCGAACGACCCGGAAGCAAAAGUCAAGUUCCUGGCGGCGGAGGCUUUGCGUGGUGUCGGCGGUCUGCUUCUCGACAACCAGGGCCAGCGUUUCGUGGACGAGCUGCAGCACCGUGACUAUGUCACUGGAAAGAUCUGGGAGAACGGCAAGUAUCCGAUCCGCUUGGUGCUCAAUGGCCAGGCAUCGAAGGAGAUUGAGUGGCACUGCAAGCACUACGUCGGCCGAGGACUGAUGAAGCGUUUCGAGAGUGGCGAUGCUCUUGCGAAGGAGAUGGGUCUCUCACCUGCGGCGCUUAAGAAGACCUUUGACGACUACAACCAGGCGGUGCGGGCGAAGAAGGAUCCUUUCGGAAAGAAGUUCUUCUCGUCGGGCGAGUGGAAGAUGGACGAUAUCUUCAACGUCGCGAUCAUGACGCCAGUGUUGCACUACACGAUGGGUGGUCUCGAGAUCGACGCCGAAUCGCGCGUGAUCGACCAGAGCGGGAAGCCCAUCGCGGGUCUGUUCGCAUCGGGCGAGGUCGCUGGUGGAGUUCACGGCGCCAACCGUCUUGGAGGGUCUUCACUCCUGGGCUGUGUCGUGUUCGGCCGUGUCUCUGGUGAUUCGGCUGCGGCAUAUCUGCUCCAGCGAGCCGGUCCCUUGGCAGCGUCGGCGGCGGGACGUCUCGGUUCGGUUGCGGGACACCUCGGCGGCGGCGGGUCGAGCACGAAGCCCGCCGCACAGACGAGCAGCGCUCCGGCGAAGAACGCUGGCACCAAGUCGUUCUCGAAGGAGGAGGUUGCGAAGCACAACAAGAAGAGCGACUGCUGGGUGAUCGUCGAUAACCAGGUGCUGGAUGUGACGAACUUCCUGCCUGACCACCCGGGAGGCGAAAAGGCGAUUCUGCUGUACGCGGGCCGGGAUGCGACGGAGGAGUUCAACAUGCUCCACGACCCCAAGGUCAUCCCGCGAUACGCCCCUGAUGCUGUCAUUGGCAACUUGAAGAAGUAAACUGGACUCGUCUGGAGUGUCGAGAGCACGACCCUUCAUUGUCUAGUAGCACAUAUCUAUUGGUGUAUCAUUUGUACAACGUAGCUUGAGUGACACAUGCACUUGCAGAGAUUACAUAAGCG